AUGAGACCAGACUUCGCAGUCGUGCUAUUCACACUCGUCACAUCAACGGUCGCAUCGGCCAUCGAUGCACCCCGCCGCAUAAAGCGCAUUGACAUAGAGCGCCCCGAGUCUGGGGUACCCCCCGUUUAUGAGCACGAGCUUUACAAGCGCCGUGGCGGCGGUGGUGGUGGAGGACGCGGAGGUUCCAGCGGCGGAGGUUCAAAAGGAUCAUCUGGCAGUGGCAGCAGAGGUUCAUCAGGCAGCGGUGGCUCCCGCAGCUCCAGCGGCGGCGGUUCUCGCGGCGUCGGUCCUCAGCCCAGCUUCGCAGGCGGUCGAUACUACCCCGGUGGCUCAUCAAAACCUUACAAAUCCGGUGUCUCAAGUCCCGGAAGAAUUGCGCCCUUCGCUCUAGGCGGUGCUGCUCUGGCAUUCUGGCCUGGCCUUUGGCUCUACGGUGCAUACAUGUACCCUUACUCGCAUCCCUACCAUUAUCACAACGACACCAGCGAUGAGGACGAAGAACGCGAUGUCCUCUGUGGAUGCUCGCGAUAUGAGUAUUGCGCGUGUGAUGACAACAACAGCACCCAAUACUUCGACGAACUCAUCGGAAACGGAAGCUACGACGCACUUAACAAGUCCAUCGUCAAUGUUGCAGAGGUCAACGGCACAAUGACAAUCCUCAUCAACGGAACUCUGCCCAACGACACGGCCCUCCCUGAUGAGGAUGCAUCAGAGAAUGGAGCACUGUCAAGACGAGGAUUGCACUUCGAGCCACAGCUUAGUGAUCGAGUGGGUGUUUGGGCUAUAGCGGGCUUCAUAAUGGCAUUGAUCUUGAACAUCUAG